AUGUUUCAUCAACAAAAGAAAUCAAAUUUGUUGAAGGAGAAAAGAAAAAGAGAUGAAAUGUUACAACUCUUUGACCACUUGAAAGUCAAAGUCAAUGAGGUGGCUUUAUGCAUUCAGUCAUUUCCUUUAACUUCUUUCAAAGCGAUCUAUCAUUCACAUGAUCCGGAACAUUUACAAUUAGUGCUAAAUGUAAAACCUGCAUUUGGAUUAUUCUUUUAUGCUCAACAGUUUUCAUAUAUUGCAGUAGCGUUUGUAGUAUAA